AUGGAGCAGCUUGCAACCUGCGGUCUAAUCAACUGUGGUAUGGGUGAUGCUGCGAAAACCACGUUCUCCAUGCUUCUGAUUUUAUCAUUUAAAGAUGGUAGUUCUUGGCCAAGUAACAUCAAUUUGCUUAGACGUUCAAUAAAAGCUUCACGCAACGAAUUGGAAGAUAAGGAAUCUCUUGUGUCAUCAGGAAUUGCCUUUGUGUCGGCGCUGUUCGAGGCAUCUACGGAUUUACUAAUUCCACCUCUAUGUGACGGUGAGUGCUUUAUACCUUGUCGCGGUGCCAUUCGACUCGUGAACUUUGGUUUCGCGAGCAGUGAAAACGCUGGUUUCAACAUCUAUAACAUGAACUUGGCCAGUGGCAAAUUGUCGACGUUAACGGGGAUACGACUGAAGGCCGUACAGUGGAGCGCUUUCGCUGUGGCUGGACGGUAUGAACACAAGCAGCGCGUGGAUGUGUGA